GGCUGUCAAAGGAGGCAAAGGAUCCGAAGAAGCGCCCCAGUCGUGCGGACGUUCUUUCGCGGCUUGUCUCGAGCCUCUUCAAUUUUUUUCACUUCUUCGCGACUUUGUUCGCUUUUCUCGUCUCUCCAGUCUCCCCUUUUCUCCCCGAGUUCUCCCGGUUGAAUUCCUCUCCUCAGGCCUCUGCGCCGCCGCCGCGAAAAGCUCGAUUUGCUCUUUUUUUGGGGGCGGACUGCCGAGAAAAGGCUCAUUCUCUCUCGCGAGGAAGACCAGCUGAGGCGCUUUUUUCUUGCAUCGUCGUCUUUUGCAGACACCGGAGGUUGACGGAGGGAGACGGGAGACGAGAAAUCAAUGUUUUUUCUUGAGAGGACGACAUACCCCCUCGUCUUUCUUCGUUGUGCACGCGUCUCUUUUGUUUUCCAUCUUUCUCUCGGCAGGCUUCUCACACCCUUUGCUUUCCCCUGAAUCCUGUUUCUUCUCUCUCUUCCUCCCUCGCUCUCCUUUCUCUCUUUGUCUCUUUCUUCCUCGCUCUUCGUCCGCUCGUGCUUCGUCCGUCGUCUUGUCGCGCUGAACCUUUUCUCUUCAGACUUGUGUCUUCUUCGUAUUCUGCGCCUCUGUGUCGCCUGGCUCUUGACGGAGAAGCGAAGGCUCCAGGAGACACACAGGCUGCAGGAACAAGAUUGCCGUUUCCGGUUCUUUCGAAGAGUCGCUCUACACCUUUAUCUUCGCCGCAACGGGAGUCCAAAGUUCCGUCUCUUGCUCGAGUCGAAAAACGAAACAAAGACGGGGGACAUAUGCGGCUGUGCUCCCUGAGAACUCGACAGACUGCGGCCGGGAGUAGGAGACGAGCUCCCGCCUCUUCGUCGGCGCAGAAAAGUCUGAAGAAGAGGAGGAAGACCCCGGUCAGAUUGACAAGGAACAGGCUCGGAGUUUUGCGGCCGUCGAGACCGAACAGCAAGCAAAGAUGACGAAGCUCUCGGCAAAAGGCGAGAAGAGAGACGAGCUCUGUCUGCUCUGGGACGCAGUCCAGGCGGAAGGAGCUCACAACGAACAAGUCCGAAGUCUGCUUGGGGAGAUCGCUGUCGCUCUAACGGAGGCGAACGGCGAGUUGAAAGAUGCUGCGGAGGUGUAUCGAAGAAAAAGAGCUUCCCUCAGAGUGCGCCACCCUUCUUCCUCUCCUGCCUCUUCUUCCUUUUCUUCUUCUUCAUCUCAAUCCCCGUCUUCUUCCACUGCUCCCUGUCCACCUCUUGGCUGCGCUUCUCGUUCUUCUUCUUUUUCUGCGUCCUCCUUCCUCAGUGUUUCUCCCUCGGCUCCCUCGCCUGUGUCCUGGGCGUCUGCGUCGAGCGCGUCGGGGACCCCCGAGCAUGUCAGUCACGACGAGGAGGACGAGGAGAUUUGUCUCCCCAGGGGAUUUUACCGUCGCCUCUUGAGGACAGAAAGAAGGCGGCAGCGCGAGCAGGCGAAGCGGAGACAGCUGCUUCAAGCACCGACCUCACACUUGGCUCCGGGUCCCUCGCGGCGGACCGGGGAUAAAAGAUUUCUCUCUUCUUCCUCGUCCUCGCUUUCCUCUCUUCUCUCUUCUGCCUUUGCAAGGAGGUAUCUGGGGGAUGCGGGCGCUCUGGAGGCACCACGAGGACCGCCGAGGCCGCGCAGAGCAGCCGAAGAGACUCCGGAGGGAGGCGGCCGGAGAGAGAAGACAAGGUCGGAGCCGGACAGGCGACAUGCAGUGAGGCAGAGAGCAGCCAGGAACAGAAAGCAUAAGACGCGGAAGAGAGAGUCGGAAACGGGUGGAGAGAGUGCGAGGGGAGAACAGAGAAGAAACAAACGACCGCGCAACCGCCUCCACAUCUACAGAGGAGACUUCGUCGAGAUCAGAUGGAAGUCGCCCCGGGGCACAAGAGAGAAGAACGCCGAGACGGCGCAGAGCGAGGAGAGAGCAGACGCAGGACGGGAGGAUGGGAGAGACUCCAACGGACAGACAGCGGAGCGCACAGACUCUGGGAGAGAUAAAAGAGAAGCAGGCGACGCGCACAGGGCUACAGUCGAAGAGGCGAGGAGGAGAGGAAGAAGCGAAGAACGAAGAGAGAGAGGGAGAGGAAGAGCGGACGCCAGGCCGUUCUGGACAGACAGACGGAGGAGGUCGACUGAGUCGUCCACGCAGACUCUGCGUUUCUCCACGGCACAGUCGAGAGGUACCUCAGACCAAUCAGAUGUGCAGAGAGAGAAAUCGACGAGAGAGAACGAGGUGGAAAACUCUCACAGGCGCUCUUGUCCCCGAAGGCACCGCGCCGAACCGGCGAAGGACACCGGAACAGAGACACCGACUGCAGGGAGGAAAACCGCUGGCGCCAGAAAAAAAGAGGGAGAAAGAACGAAGGAUGGAGCGAGAAGGACAGAAGAGGAAAAGAGAGAAGCAAGAAGAGGGAUACGCGAAAAAGGGAGAAGCAGGAGAAGGAGGGGAGCGACGGAUCUAUCGGAGAGCGAAGAACGCGGUCAAAAGAGACAGGAAGACACUCCAGAAGAGGACCUCGAAACGCUGGGGAACAUCAUUGGAAAGAUCAGAAACGUUGCAACUCAGUUGCAGUUUCUUGAGUCCAUUCAAGAGAAAAGAGAACGAAGCCAGCAGCGCCUCAUCGACGCGUACCAGAGCUUUCAAAGCGACUUCCGCCUCGCCGGAAAACAACGAAAUCCUCCCAGAAACAGACAGUCCAAACGAUGCUACACAUCCUCGUCCUCUUCACCUUCACCCUCUCCUCGUUCUUCUGCCUCUUCUUCGCGUUCGUCUCCUUCUUCUUUGCGUUCGUCUCCUUCUUCGCGUUCGUCUCCUUCUUCCCGGUUGUGUUCCUUGUCUCCACGGCGACAUGCGACGCGCAGAAAGGCCUCGUCUCGACGGAGACUGAGGCGCGGUGAAGAAGAUGCUGCUUCUGGUGCUCGACCUGACUGUUCGGAUAAGCGACUGUUCGCAAGCGGAGAUGAGAAGAAUGAGAGAGAGAAAGCGACAGGGGAAGCAAGGGCGGAGAGAGAGAGGAAACGAGGGGAGAGGAAGGCUUUCGACGACUUUGCGCGCGAAGAAAUGUCUCCGGGGAGGGAGUAUGACUCGUGGAAGACGGGGAAAAAGCUCGGGGAGAGAAGCGAAGACUUUCUGCGAGACACACGACCCCCGUCUAGUUGUCCUCCCUUUUGUCCUUACCCUCACUAUCCUCUUUCUUUCUCUCCACUUGGACGCUUUCCUCCCCACUCAGCGUCUUGUGGUCUCUCGCAUUCUCCCUUUCCAGUCUUCCCUGUCGAUCCCUACAGCUGCGGUAACUCCUCGGUCUGCCUCGCCUGUUCUGUUCCUUCUUCCUCCUCGCCUGUGGUUCAUCAUCUUCCUCCUUGCCCUGUGCUUUCUUCGUCUUCUCCUUCUCCUUCUUCGUCGGCCUUUCCUGCUGCUCCUUCCGGUCCUUUGUCUUCCUCUUCUGUUCCUUAUUCCUUCUCGCCUGUGGUUCAUCAUCUUCCUCCUUGCCCUGUGCCCUCUUCGUCUUCUCCUUCUCCUUCUUCGUCGGCCUUUCCUGCUGCUCCUUCCGGUCCUUUGUCUCCACCGUCUACUCCGCCGUCUCGUCCUCCCUCGCUUGCUUCUGCGUCGCGUUUGCCUCCGUCUCUCGCCUCUGCGCGCGCUGCUUCAGGCAUCGAGGCGAUUCGUGUGACGUUUCGGCCUGCGCCUUCCGCCUUUUGCGCGGACAGCGACGGAGAGGCUUCUCUGCCCUCUUUUCGCCUCAGCCAACGGGAAGGCAGUGCAAGCUCCGAGGCCCCCGCCAGCUGGCGCCCUGAAAGGCAAUUCGUGGCUGUCCAGAGCCAUGCUUGCGUGCGAGACGCGGUCUCCUCUUCGUUCGAGAGCCUCGUCUCCUCUCUCUCUGACGGCGAGGAGGCGAGUCGAGGGCGCGACGAGAGAGACCGGAGCUGCGGCUCUCGAGAGCAAAGAACUCCCGAAAAGAUCCGCUCUUCGCUGAGCGAAACAACUGACAGAGAAGGCGAGACCUCCACACCAACGGUCGACCAAGGCGCCUGCUGUGCCGUCAGGCAACCGCCUACCUUCCUCACUGAGAGCAGAGCGCUGAAGGACGUCGAAGAAGUCGAAGGACUAGAAGAGGGAGUCAAAGGAGCCGAACGCGACACAGCAAACGCACACAGAGCAGAAGAAGGAAAACAAGUGGAGGGAGACAAACGCGCGGGCAGCGGGGACUUUGACGGCCAUGCUGGAAGCGCAUGCAGACCAUCGGGUCGCGAAUCAGAGAAGAAAGAGAGGACAGAUUUGGAUGGAACUGACGAGGGCAGGCUGGACGCCGCCUUCGAAAAAAUCGACCAGGAACGAAGAACGCUUCAUAGUUCUUCGGAGUCGCAGGCGUCAGGUGCGACGUCUCACGCUCUCUCCGCUUCUCGAAGACCCUCUCCUUCUCCCGCGCAUUCCUCCUGCACACCCUCCUCCACGACAUUAUCUGCUUCUUCAGUGGCUUCUUCUUCUGCUUCUUUGUGUUCCUCCUUUAUGUCGGCCUCCAGGUCCCUGAGGCCUGCAGAUGCUUUCGCAGAUUCGGCGCGCCGUUCUACGCUGCCGAGAGGAGCGGGACAGACGGUGGGAGCAUCUGCGCUCCCGCCCAUGCCUCGGCCUUUCUCGGAUUUCGAAAGCCUCCGCAUGCGUUUGCUCGCGCUGCAGAGCUUUUCUCGACAGAAACAACUUCAGGCGGCGCUCCGGGCAAAGCAGCAGGCGCGUGAGGUCAGAGAAGAAUCCGAGAGGAAGCGCCAAGGACAGCAACGAGAAGAUCAAGGAAUUCAAGAAACCUUACCGUCCAAGUCGCUCACGUCUUCCCUUUUUUCUUCUUCUCUGGCGUUCUCUCCUUCGUUUGCGGGGUCUGUGCCUUCGUCUCCAUCGGCGACUGCGUCCUCUUCCACUUCUCUCUCUUCUUCCUCCUCGUCUCUCUCUUCUCUCUCUUCUUCCUCCUCGUCUUCCUCUUCUUCUUUGUCAUCUUCUCUUCCGUCGCUCUCUCUUGCAUGUUCGUCUUCGUCUCCUUGUUCUUCCUCUGGUUCGUUCUCUGCUUCUCUUGUUCCGUCUCUUUCUGUGGAGAUGGCUGUUGAGGCUGCGAGCGCAACAGACCAAGCCGCAAGAGUCGCGACGCACUCACCCGCCGUCGCGACUCGGGGACCUCAUCGUCGAGAGGCAGUGGAGGCGCGAGACCAGCUGCAUACAGAGGAGAGAAAACACAGAGCAGGCGAGAGAGAGUGGGGGGGAGAGGACGCGCGACGGAGAAGCAGAGGCGAGGAGGAACGUGCAGUCCGUCGAAGCGUUUCAGGAACUCGCAGAAAGGAGCGAAAGAAGAAGCCGAGAAGUGAGAGCCUGAAGGACUUCUCGAAAGAGAAUGAGGAGCGCCUCCUCACGCUGCUUCUUGCAGAAGAUGAGGCGGAGCCAAGAGGAGGAGGAGGAAGAAGAAGCCAGAGACGCGGAGGAACGAACUGGGAGAAGCUGUUCAACUUUUCAUGGCUGGCUGACGACCCGUCAGAGGAAGAACACUGAAAGAAAACGAGCUCUGGAGCAAGCUGCUCCACGAGACAGUCCACUCCAGCCUUGUCACUUUCCUUUCUCGAUCCCCGCCGGUCUCGAUAACGCAUAGUGUAAGCGGGAGGUUCGCGUCGAACAUGUGCGAUGAGAGCUUCUAGUUCAGUGCGCAGUUGGCCCACGAAUCAGUUGGUUUUUCUUUUUUUGUAAAACUGGAGUCGAAGCAACAGUUCUCGUGCGAUGUUCGACCGAACGCAGAGUCGGUCACCGUUUGCCCAAGGUGCAUGUCCACCUGUCAAAAAGCCUGGAGUCGGCUAAAAGGAAAGAAGGUGAACAACCUCGCAGAGAAGCCGCGAAACAGAGAGAGUUGUGUCUCAGUCAAAGAGACGCACUCUGUUCCUCUCGGUAAAUAAGCGAAACGCGAGAAGGAAGGAGAAAGUGAUGAAAUGCAGCGGAAGCGUCUGCUGUGUGUUCCGACCGAAGGUGGAGAAAAGAGAAGAGAAAGAAGCAAGAAAACCUAGACCAACUUUUCUCUCGCAUCCGUCGGGCCAAAGAGGACUCGACGAAAAGACGCAG